AUGUCGAACCCUUUUGAAGAUUAUAAAACUGUAAAAUCUUAUACAGCUGGUAGCGGUGCAAUCGAAGAUGAUGUUGAUUAUUACGAAAAAGAGAUUGAAAAAUACAUGCAGGAGUCGCUUGACAGUACUGAACGGAGUCGUCGUAAUUUAGACCAAAGUGAACAAGUCGGCGCAAAGACAGCACAGGAUCUUUUGGAGCAACGAGAAAAACUCGAGAGGACGGAAAGAAAUCUUGACGAUAUUCAUCGUAACACACAGCAAACUCAACGUAAUCUCAACAGCUUGAAAAGUGUUUUUGGGGGUUUCUUCAAAAAUAAGUUCUCACGCAAGCCUGCAGAGCCGCCUGCUGAAUCAGAGAUUCCGCAAUCAAAAUCUGCUAGUCAUUUAUCGGAUACGGUUACUCAAGUUGGUUCAAGUUCUGGUAGUGGCUCAUCCAAAAAUGUACAGCAAAUGCAAGGAGGAUCAACUUUGAGCGAAAGCAGCCGAAACACAAUCAAGAACACUCGGUGGGAGGCAAUGAAUAACCAAAUUGAUGAAAAUCUUGACGAUAUGUCACAAAAGCUCUCCAGUCUACGCAACCUGGGUGCAGCUCUUGGAAAGGAAGUCGAUGAUCAGAAUCAAAUGCUAGAUCGAAUCCAGGUUAAAGCUGAUCGCAAUGAUGCAAUUGUUCGCAACCAGGAUCAUCAGAUGAAAAAACUUCUCGGAUACAAAGGUGUGGACAAGCCACAAGAUUCAUCGGCUUUCGGUGGUAAGAAA